AUUCAAAAGCAGGAAGGCGAAGCUCCUCCUCCAGCUGAGGCAGCCGCUCCCCCAGCUGCAGAAGCGCCUCCGGCGGCAGACGCGGCAGCAGCUGCGACACCCGCGCCUCCAGCUGAGGGUGCGCCUGCACCAGAAGCAGCAGCGCCACCUGCGGAUGGAACUGCACCUCCACCUCCCGCCGACGGAACCGCUCCUCCAGCUGAAGCUCCAGCGGACGGAACGACACCAGCACCUCCACCUGCGGAUGGAACCGCGCCUCCACCUCCAGCCGACGGCACCGCGCCUCCCCCUGCAGAUGGCGCCCCACCCGCAGAAGGCACAGCGCCGGCACCUCCAGCUGAUGGAACAGCACCUGCACCUCCAGCUGAUGGAACGGCACCAGCACCAGCUGCCGACGGAACGACACCAGCUCCACCCCCAGCUGAUGGUUCCGCGCCUGCACCAGCUGCCGAAGGUGGAGCAGCGGCACCGCCGGCAGAUGGCGCUGCACCAGCAGCGGCACCAGCGGAAGGUGCGCCUGCGGCGCCCCAAGCGGAAGGCACCCCGGCACCACCACCGGCUGAUGGAACCCCCGCCGACGGAGCCGCGCCCCCAGCACCUGCCGCCCCUGCAGACGGCACCCCCGCAGCUCCGCCAGCCGACGGCAGUGCGCCGGCCGUAGCCGCACCCGCACCGGAAGCCGCAGCAGCUCCACCGGCAGAAGGUACCGCCCCCGCAGCUGCGCCUCCAGCUGAAGCUGCGUUACCACCUCCAGCUGAAGCGGCGCCUCCGCAAGCUCCAGCGUCGUAAAGCAUGAAUCGGAAAGGAUUAUGGAAAAGGAAUCGUGCUUCAUCCGCACGCUGAUCGUAUGACGUCACUGAUAGGAGUGUACAAUCGCAACAGGCAAAUGCAACGGAACACACUCGCAAGUAAAUGUGUAAUAUAUAAACAUAUUAGAUAUAA